AUGGGGCAGACGGCCAUGAAGCAAAGUCAUACUAAUGUGGUUGUGUCUCUGUUUAACUGGAUUGAUUAUCCUUUGCAAUAUCUUUCAGCUGACACCACCCCUCUAGAUUUUACUUGUCCUUCAAACUUGAAUGAGACUGUGCCUCGUGGACAAACACAGGUAUUCAUUUCAUGGCAAAUUCCAACAGCAACAGAUGAAUCCGGCACGACAUAUCAAAUCACUUCUUCUCGCGGACCGGGUGUGUUCUCUCCAGGAACAUAUGAUAUUACGUAUGUGGCCAAGGAUCCAAGUGAAAAUGAAUGGUCUUGCACGUUCACAAUUACUGUAUUCGAACCUGACACCACCCCUCUAGAUUUUACUUGUCCUUCAAACUUGAAUGAGACUGUGCCUCGUGGACAAACACAGGUAUUCAUUUCAUGGCAAAUUCCAACAGCAACAGAUGAAUCCGGCACGACAUAUCAAAUCACUUCUUCUCGCGGACCAGGUGUGUUCUCUCCAGGAACAUAUGAUAUUACGUAUGUGGCCAAGGAUCCAAGUGAAAAUGAAUGGUCUUGCACGUUCACAAUUACUGUAUUCGAACCUGACACCACCCCUCUAGAUUUUACUUGUCCUUCAAACUUGAAUGAGACUGUGCCUCGUGGACAAACACAGGUAUUCAUUUCAUGGCAAAUUCCAACAGCAACAGAUGAAUCCGGCACGACAUAUCAAAUCACUUCUUCUCGCGGACCAGGUGUGUUCUCUCCAGGAACAUAUGAUGUUACGUAUGUGGCCAAGGAUCCAAGUGAAAAUGAAUGGUCUUGCACGUUCACAAUUACUGUAUUCGAACCUGACACCACCCCUCUAGAUUUUACUUGUCCUUCAAACUUGAAUGAGACUGUGCCUCGUGGACAAACACAGGUAUUCAUUUCAUGGCAAAUUCCAACAGCAACAGAUGAAUCCGGCACGACAUAUCAAAUCACUUCUUCUCGCGGACCAGGUGUGUUCUCUCCAGGAACAUAUGAUAUUACGUAUGUGGCCAAGGAUCCAAGUGAAAAUGAAUGGUCUUGCACGUUCACAAUUACUGUAUUCGAACCUGACACCACCCCUCUAGAUUUUACUUGUCCUUCAAACUUGAAUGAGACUGUGCCUCGUGGACAAACACAGGUAUUCAUUUCAUGGCAAAUUCCAACAGCAACAGAUGAAUCCGGCACGACAUAUCAAAUCACUUCUUCUCGCGGACCAGGUGUGUUCUCUCCAGGAACAUAUGAUAUUACGUAUGUGGCCAAGGAUCCAAGUGAAAAUGAAUGGUCUUGCACGUUCACAAUUACUGUAUUCGAACCUGACACCACCCCUCUAGAUUUUACUUGUCCUUCAAACUUGAAUGAGACUGUGCCUCGUGGACAAACACAGGUAUUCAUUUCAUGGCAAAUUCCAACAGCAACAGAUGAAUCCGGCACGACAUAUCAAAUCACUUCUUCUCGCGGACCGGGUGUGUUCUCUCCAGGAACAUAUGAUAUUACGUAUGUGGCCAAGGAUCCAAGUGAAAAUGAAUGGUCUUGCACGUUCACAAUUACUGUAUUCGAACCUGACACCACCCCUCUAGAUUUUACUUGUCCUUCAAACUUGAAUGAGACUGUGCCUCGUGGACAAACACAGGUAUUCAUUUCAUGGCAAAUUCCAACAGCAACAGAUGAAUCCGGCACGACAUAUCAAAUCACUUCUUCUCGCGGACCGGGUGUGUUCUCUCCAGGAACAUAUGAUAUUACGUAUGUGGCCAAGGAUCCAAGUGAAAAUGAAUGGUCUUGCACGUUCACAAUUACUGUAUUCGAACCUGACACCACCCCUCUAGAUUUUACUUGUCCUUCAAACUUGAAUGAGACUGUGCCUCGUGGACAAACACAGGUAUUCAUUUCAUGGCAAAUUCCAACAGCAACAGAUGAAUCCGGCACGACAUAUCAAAUCACUUCUUCUCGCGGACCAGGUGUGUUCUCUCCAGGAACAUAUGAUAUUACGUAUGUGGCCAAGGAUCCAAGUGAAAAUGAAUGGUCUUGCACGUUCACAAUUACUGUAUUCGAACCUGACACCACCCCUCUAGAUUUUACUUGUCCUUCAAACUUGAAUGAGACUGUGCCUCGUGGACAAACACAGGUAUUCAUUUCAUGGCAAAUUCCAACAGCAACAGAUGAAUCCGGCACGACAUAUCAAAUCACUUCUUCUCGCGGACCAGGUGUGUUCUCUCCAGGAACAUAUGAUAUUACGUAUGUGGCCAAGGAUCCAAGUGAAAAUGAAUGGUCUUGCACGUUCACAAUUACUGUAUUCGAACCUGACACCACCCCUCUAGAUUUUACUUGUCCUUCAAACUUGAAUGAGACUGUGCCUCGUGGACAAACACAGGUAUUCAUUUCAUGGCAAAUUCCAACAGCAACAGAUGAAUCCGGCACGACAUAUCAAAUCACUUCUUCUCGCGGACCGGGUGUGUUCUCUCCAGGAACAUAUGAUAUUACGUAUGUGGCCAAGGAUCCAAGUGAAAAUGAAUGGUCUUGCACGUUCACAAUUACUGUAUUCGAACCUGACACCACCCCUCUAGAUUUUACUUGUCCUUCAAACUUGAAUGAGACUGUGCCUCGUGGACAAACACAGGUAUUCAUUUCAUGGCAAAUUCCAACAGCAACAGAUGAAUCCGGCACGACAUAUCAAAUCACUUCUUCUCGCGGACCAGGUGUGUUCUCUCCAGGAACAUAUGAUAUUACGUAUGUGGCCAAGGAUCCAAGUGAAAAUGAAUGGUCUUGCACGUUCACAAUUACUGUAUUCGAACCUGACACCACCCCUCUAGAUUUUACUUGUCCUUCAAACUUGAAUGAGACUGUGCCUCGUGGACAAACACAGGUAUUCAUUUCAUGGCAAAUUCCAACAGCAACAGAUGAAUCCGGCACGACAUAUCAAAUCACUUCUUCUCGCGGACCGGGUGUGUUCUCUCCAGGAACAUAUGAUAUUACGUAUGUGGCCAAGGAUCCAAGUGAAAAUGAAUGGUCUUGCACGUUCACAAUUACUGUAUUCGAACCUGACACCACCCCUCUAGAUUUUACUUGUCCUUCAAACUUGAAUGAGACUGUGCCUCGUGGACAAACACAGGUAUUCAUUUCAUGGCAAAUUCCAACAGCAACAGAUGAAUCCGGCACGACAUAUCAAAUCACUUCUUCUCGCGGACCAGGUGUGUUCUCUCCAGGAACAUAUGAUAUUACGUAUGUGGCCAAGGAUCCAAGUGAAAAUGAAUGGUCUUGCACGUUCACAAUUACUGUAUUCGAACCUGACACCACCCCUCUAGAUUUUACUUGUCCUUCAAACUUGAAUGAGACUGUGCCUCGUGGACAAACACAGGUAUUCAUUUCAUGGCAAAUUCCAACAGCAACAGAUGAAUCCGGCACGACAUAUCAAAUCACUUCUUCUCGCGGACCGGGUGUGUUCUCUCCAGGAACAUAUGAUAUUACGUAUGUGGCCAAGGAUCCAAGUGAAAAUGAAUGGUCUUGCACGUUCACAAUUACUGUAUUCGAACCUGACACCACCCCUCUAGAUUUUACUUGUCCUUCAAACUUGAAUGAGACUGUGCCUCGUGGACAAACACAGGUAUUCAUUUCAUGGCAAAUUCCAACAGCAACAGAUGAAUCCGGCACGACAUAUCAAAUCACUUCUUCUCGCGGACCGGGUGUGUUCUCUCCAGGAACAUAUGAUAUUACGUAUGUGGCCAAGGAUCCAAGUGAAAAUGAAUGGUCUUGCACGUUCACAAUUACUGUAUUCGAACCUGACACCACCCCUCUAGAUUUUACUUGUCCUUCAAACUUGAAUGAGACUGUGCCUCGUGGACAAACACAGGUAUUCAUUUCAUGGCAAAUUCCAACAGCAACAGAUGAAUCCGGCACGACAUAUCAAAUCACUUCUUCUCGCGGACCAGGUGUGUUCUCUCCAGGAACAUAUGAUAUUACGUAUGUGGCCAAGGAUCCAAGUGAAAAUGAAUGGUCUUGCACGUUCACAAUUACUGUAUUCGAACCUGACACCACCCCUCUAGAUUUUACUUGUCCUUCAAACUUGAAUGAGACUGUGCCUCGUGGACAAACACAGGUAUUCAUUUCAUGGCAAAUUCCAACAGCAACAGAUGAAUCCGGCACGACAUAUCAAAUCACUUCUUCUCGCGGACCGGGUGUGUUCUCUCCAGGAACAUAUGAUAUUACGUAUGUGGCCAAGGAUCCAAGUGAAAAUGAAUGGUCUUGCACGUUCACAAUUACUGUAUUCGAACCUGACACCACCCCUCUAGAUUUUACUUGUCCUUCAAACUUGAAUGAGACUGUGCCUCGUGGACAAACACAGGUAUUCAUUUCAUGGCAAAUUCCAACAGCAACAGAUGAAUCCGGCACGACAUAUCAAAUCACUUCUUCUCGCGGACCGGGUGUGUUCUCUCCAGGAACAUAUGAUAUUACGUAUGUGGCCAAGGAUCCAAGUGAAAAUGAAUGGUCUUGCACGUUCACAAUUACUGUAUUCGAACCUGACACCACCCCUCUAGAUUUUACUUGUCCUUCAAACUUGAAUGAGACUGUGCCUCGUGGACAAACACAGGUAUUCAUUUCAUGGCAAAUUCCAACAGCAACAGAUGAAUCCGGCACGACAUAUCAAAUCACUUCUUCUCGCGGACCGGGUGUGUUCUCUCCAGGAACAUAUGAUAUUACGUAUGUGGCCAAGGAUCCAAGUGAAAAUGAAUGGUCUUGCACGUUCACAAUUACUGUAUUCGAACCUGACACCACCCCUCUAGAUUUUACUUGUCCUUCAAACUUGAAUGAGACUGUGCCUCGUGGACAAACACAGGUAUUCAUUUCAUGGCAAAUUCCAACAGCAACAGAUGAAUCCGGCACGACAUAUCAAAUCACUUCUUCUCGCGGACCGGGUGUGUUCUCUCCAGGAACAUAUGAUAUUACGUAUGUGGCCAAGGAUCCAAGUGAAAAUGAAUGGUCUUGCACGUUCACAAUUACUGUAUUCGAACCUGACACCACCCCUCUAGAUUUUACUUGUCCUUCAAACUUGAAUGAGACUGUGCCUCGUGGACAAACACAGGUAUUCAUUUCAUGGCAAAUUCCAACAGCAACAGAUGAAUCCGGCACGACAUAUCAAAUCACUUCUUCUCGCGGACCAGGUGUGUUCUCUCCAGGAACAUAUGAUAUUACGUAUGUGGCCAAGGAUCCAAGUGAAAAUGAAUGGUCUUGCACGUUCACAAUUACUGUAUUCGAACCUGACACCACCCCUCUAGAUUUUACUUGUCCUUCAAACUUGAAUGAGACUGUGCCUCGUGGACAAACACAGGUAUUCAUUUCAUGGCAAAUUCCAACAGCAACAGAUGAAUCCGGCACGACAUAUCAAAUCACUUCUUCUCGCGGACCAGGUGUGUUCUCUCCAGGAACAUAUGAUAUUACGUAUGUGGCCAAGGAUCCAAGUGAAAAUGAAUGGUCUUGCACGUUCACAAUUACUGUAUUCGAACCUGACACCACCCCUCUAGAUUUUACUUGUCCUUCAAACUUGAAUGAGACUGUGCCUCGUGGACAAACACAGGUAUUCAUUUCAUGGCAAAUUCCAACAGCAACAGAUGAAUCCGGCACGACAUAUCAAAUCACUUCUUCUCGCGGACCAGGUGUGUUCUCUCCAGGAACAUAUGAUAUUACGUAUGUGGCCAAGGAUCCAAGUGAAAAUGAAUGGUCUUGCACGUUCACAAUUACUGUAUUCGAACCUGACACCACCCCUCUAGAUUUUACUUGUCCUUCAAACUUGAAUGAGACUGUGCCUCGUGGACAAACACAGGUAUUCAUUUCAUGGCAAAUUCCAACAGCAACAGAUGAAUCCGGCACGACAUAUCAAAUCACUUCUUCUCGCGGACCAGGUGUGUUCUCUCCAGGAACAUAUGAUAUUACGUAUGUGGCCAAGGAUCCAAGUGAAAAUGAAUGGUCUUGCACGUUCACAAUUACUGUAUUCGAACCUGACACCACCCCUCUAGAUUUUACUUGUCCUUCAAACUUGAAUGAGACUGUGCCUCGUGGACAAACACAGGUAUUCAUUUCAUGGCAAAUUCCAACAGCAACAGAUGAAUCCGGCACGACAUAUCAAAUCACUUCUUCUCGCGGACCAGGUGUGUUCUCUCCAGGAACAUAUGAUAUUACGUAUGUGGCCAAGGAUCCAAGUGAAAAUGAAUGGUCUUGCACGUUCACAAUUACUGUAUUCGAACCUGACACCACCCCUCUAGAUUUUACUUGUCCUUCAAACUUGAAUGAGACUGUGCCUCGUGGACAAACACAGGUAUUCAUUUCAUGGCAAAUUCCAACAGCAACAGAUGAAUCCGGCACGACAUAUCAAAUCACUUCUUCUCGCGGACCAGGUGUGUUCUCUCCAGGAACAUAUGAUAUUACGUAUGUGGCCAAGGAUCCAAGUGAAAAUGAAUGGUCUUGCACGUUCACAAUUACUGUAUUCGAACCUGACACCACCCCUCUAGAUUUUACUUGUCCUUCAAACUUGAAUGAGACUGUGCCUCGUGGACAAACACAGGUAUUCAUUUCAUGGCAAAUUCCAACAGCAACAGAUGAAUCCGGCACGACAUAUCAAAUCACUUCUUCUCGCGGACCGGGUGUGUUCUCUCCAGGAACAUAUGAUAUUACGUAUGUGGCCAAGGAUCCAAGUGAAAAUGAAUGGUCUUGCACGUUCACAAUUACUGUAUUCGAACCUGACACCACCCCUCUAGAUUUUACUUGUCCUUCAAACUUGAAUGAGACUGUGCCUCGUGGACAAACACAGGUAUUCAUUUCAUGGCAAAUUCCAACAGCAACAGAUGAAUCCGGCACGACAUAUCAAAUCACUUCUUCUCGCGGACCGGGUGUGUUCUCUCCAGGAACAUAUGAUAUUACGUAUGUGGCCAAGGAUCCAAGUGAAAAUGAAUGGUCUUGCACGUUCACAAUUACUGUAUUCGAACCUGACACCACCCCUCUAGAUUUUACUUGUCCUUCAAACUUGAAUGAGACUGUGCCUCGUGGACAAACACAGGUAUUCAUUUCAUGGCAAAUUCCAACAGCAACAGAUGAAUCCGGCACGACAUAUCAAAUCACUUCUUCUCGCGGACCAGGUGUGUUCUCUCCAGGAACAUAUGAUAUUACGUAUGUGGCCAAGGAUCCAAGUGAAAAUGAAUGGUCUUGCACGUUCACAAUUACUGUAUUCGAACCUGACACCACCCCUCUAGAUUUUACUUGUCCUUCAAACUUGAAUGAGACUGUGCCUCGUGGACAAACAAAGGUAUUCAUUUCAUGGCAAAUUCCAACAGCAACAGAUGAAUCCGGCACGACAUAUCAAAUCACUUCUUCUCGCGGACCAGGUGUGUUCUCUCCAGGAACAUAUGAUAUUACGUAUGUGGCCAAGGAUCCAAGUGAAAAUGAAUGGUCUUGCACGUUCACAAUUACUGUAUUCGAACCUGACACCACCCCUCUAGAUUUUACUUGUCCUUCAAACUUGAAUGAGACUGUGCCUCGUGGACAAACACAGGUAUUCAUUUCAUGGCAAAUUCCAACAGCAACAGAUGAACGGGUGUGUUCUCUCCAGGAACAUAUGAUAUUACUUAUUGUAUUCCCAUUCCUCUACCUCUACUUCUACAUUGUGUUAAACCCAUAUUUCGUCGGCCAGGUGGCAGAAGGGCGUUAA